CAACCACAGAACUGUUCUCCCACCAAUUUCAAUCAAUCACACACAAACGCACUAAUGGCCGACACGAAGGUACAAUCCCCUGAAACAACGGCGGUUGAGGAGAAUCAACGAAUAACAUCGCCGGCGGCGCCGCCACCACAACAGCCACAUUGGAUGGCGAUGAGAUAUCCAUCGGCGAUGGUAAUGCCGCAUCAGAUGAUGUAUGCGCCGCCACCAUACUCUCCUUAUCAUCACAAUCACUAUCAUCAGCAGCAUCAUCAAUCUCGUGGUAAUAAGCAUCAAAACGCUUCAAACGCUGAGAAUAAGACCGUUUGGGUCGGUGAUUUGCUUCAUUGGAUGGAUGAGAGCUAUCUUAAUUCUUGCUUUUCUUCCGCUGGAGAGAUGUCGUCGGUUAAGGUUAUACGAAACAAGCACACUGGUCUGUCUGAGGGCUACGGAUUUGUGGAAUUUGAUUCCCACGAUGUCGCCGAGAAGGUUUUGCAGGAGUUUAAUGGCGUAACUAUGUUAAAGUCCGACCAACCUUUCCGUUUAAACUGGGCGAGUUUUAGCACCGGUGAAAAGCGGUUAGAGAAUGGUCCUGAUCACUCGAUAUUCGUUGGGGACUUAGCGCCGGAAGUCAGUGAUGCUAUGUUGCUUAAAACAUUCGUUGAUAAGUACCCAUCCGUCAAGAACGCGAAAGUCGUUAUUGAUGGCAAUACUGGUCGAUCGAAAGGGUAUGGCUUUGUGAGGUUUGGAGAUGAUAAUGAGAGGAGCAAAGCUAUGUUGGAGAUGAAUGGUGUUAAAUUCUGUAGCAGGGCUAUGCGAAUCGGUCCUGCAACACCUAGGAAGCCAAAUGGUUAUCACCAACAAGGUGGGUAUAUGUCGAAUGGUGCAUUGGCUAGACAUGAAGGGGACUCAUUGAACACAACAAUAUUUGUUGGAGGUCUUGACUCUAGUGUCACUGACGAAGAUCUUAGACAACCUUUUGCUGCUUAUGGCGACAUAGUCUCUGUCAAGAUACCUAUUGGGAAAGGAUGUGGAUUUAUUCAGUUUGUGAACAGAGAAAAUGCAGAGGAGGCUUUAGAGAAAUUAAAUGGGUCUGAGAUUGGGAAACAAACCGUUCGCCUUUCUUGGGGUCGUAAUCCAGGCAAUAAACAGCCAAGAGGAGAGUAUGGAGACCAAUGGGUUGAUCCAUACUACGGAGGACAAUAUUACAACGGUUAUGGAUACAUGUUACCGCCACCUGUAGACCCGAGAAUGUAUGCUGCUGCGCCAUACGGAGGUUAUCCGGUGUACGGUGGUCACCAGCAACAACAACAAGUAAGCUGA